UGAUUGGCUUACGCGGCUGACGAACGUGCCCCAUCUCCAAUGGGGACGCCGGGCCUUUCCGUCACGUGUGCGGGAGCUGUCCGGCCAGUCGGGUGCUGAAGCUGCGGACGGACGUGGGGCGGAAGCGGGAGCGGGAGCGACGCAACGGGCAGCCGGGUCCCAGGUCCCGGCCCUCGGCAGCGCCGCCAGAGCAGCCACCGGCCAUCCCCCCCUCCCCCGCCCGCCCGCCCGCCCGCCAAACCCUCCACCGAGACGGGUUGCGGAGAUGGCGGGAGCGGCGCUUUUCUGCGUGGCAGGGCUUUUGGCAAACUCUCUCUUCCUCCCGAGAUCUCUGGGGACCUGGAACGUCACCUAUGUGGACCUGCCCUUAGUGGACGAGGUGACAGCGAGGACUGAGGAAGUUUCGGAGUCCCUGGGGCAGCUCAUCCACAAUUCUCUGCUCACGAAGCAUUUUGAGGAUGACCAGAAGCUGUUGACAGGAACCGGAGAGACCCCGAGGCAGCCAGGCAGUGCAACCCCCACCAACCCGCUGACCCCGCUCAGCUUCACCCCCCCAGCCUGGGGCCAGGGGCCGUCAGCGCCCCCCACAGGAGGGGAGGAGGAGACGACCACCACCCUCAUCACCACCACGACUGUUACCACGGUGCAGACUCCAGUGUUGUGUAACAUGAACGUGAUGGAGGCUGAGGGGAUGAUUGAGUCCCUCGAGUACUCGGGCUCCCCGUUGUACAGUGGCCUCGACUGUUCCUACGUCAUCUCUGUCUACACCGGCUACGGGGUCGAGCUGGAGGUGGAGGUGCUGAACCUGCUGGCGGGGGAGCUACUGACGGUGGAGGGGCUGCAGGAUGAUGGGCCGCUCCUCCUGGCAAACGAGGCACUGAUGUCGGAGGGGCAGAGCAUCCGUACCCAGAGCCGCCAGGUCCUCGUCCACUUCCAGAGCCCCCACUCCGCCUACCCCGGGGCCUUCCGCUUCCGCUGCCGGGCCUACCCGCUGAGCUGUGCCCUUCCGGUGCGGCCCGCCUACGGGCAGUUGUGGGUGUCGGGUCUCCGGCCUGGGGCCGUCUCCACGUUCCGCUGUGACCCGGGCUUCCAGAUGCAGGGAGCCGCGGCCAUCCGCUGUCUCAACCUCACCAGGCCACAGUGGAGCGGCCCCGAGCCACACUGCAUGGCUAUCUGUAGAGCCACCAUCCACAAUGCCACAGUGGGACAUAUACUGUCCCCGGCCCCGGGCUCCACCCACUCCCCGAACCUCACCUGCCAUUGGCUGAUCCAGGCUCCACCCGCCCACAGGCUCCACCUGCACUUCGAGCGACUCUCAUUGGACGAGGACACUGACAGGCUGAUCAUCCGGAAUGGAAUUGCGCCAGGAGCACCAGCCAUCUUCCACUCGGACAUCGAUGACAUUCCCGAGGGCGGGAUCGUCAGCGACUCCCGGGAGAUCUUCGUGGAGCUGGUAUCCGAGAACUCAGCACUGCCACUUGUCCUGGCUUUGCGAUAUGAGGCCUUUGAGCGAGACCACUGCUAUGAACCGUUUGUUGCCCAUGGGAACUUCACCUCCAACAUCCCUUUGUUCGAGGUGGGCUCUAUCGUCACCUUCUCUUGCCUCCCUGGUUACGCCCUGGAGCAGGGGGCAGGGGCCAUCGAGUGUAUUGACCCCCAGGACCCCCACUGGAACAGCAGUGAGCCCAUCUGUCGAGCCACCUGCGGAGGGGACAUGUCCGAGGUAUCUGGAGUGAUCUUCUCACCAGAAUGGCCCGAGGUUUAUGGCAGGAACCAGGACUGUGUGUGGACCUUGCACGUCCGAGAGGACCGGCGGAUGGUCAUCGACGUGGAGAUCCUGAACAUCCGACGGAACGACAUCCUGUCGGUGUUUGACGGGCCGGACCUGAACUCGCGGGUGCUGGGCCAGUACCUGGGGCAGAGGCAGCGCUUCAAGCUGUUCAGCACCUCCUGCCACGCCACCAUCCAGUUCCAGUCUGACAGCCGGCAGCCGGCCCUUGGGGAGACCCAGGGCUUCAUCAUCCACUUCGCUGAGAUGCUGCGAAAUGACACCUGCCCCACCCUGGGCCCCAUUCCGCAUGGCUGGAAGUCCCUCUCCCAUUCCAGCCUGGUCCGGGGAACGGUGGUGACCUAUCAGUGCGAGCCCGGCUAUGACAUCGUCGGCGCCGACAUCCUCAUGUGCCAGUGGGAUCUCUCCUGGAGCAACCCGCCCCCGACUUGUCAGAAAGUGCUGUCCUGCCCAGAUCCCGGGGACGUUCCCCACGGACUGCGCCUCACCCCGGGUUUGCGUUUCCCGGUGGGCUCGCGUGUACAGUAUGCCUGUGAGGAGGGUCACUCGAUGGAGGGCAGCGCCACCCUCACCUGCCUCGGCCGCAAUGCCCUGCGUCCCAAAUGGAGCGCGCCCCCGCCCACGUGUGUCUUGACACACCAGCCCUGCCUGAACCCUGGCGUCCCUGACAACGGCUACCUGACACUCUACAAGCAGCACUACCGGGCCGGGGAGAUCCUCCACUUCUUCUGUUACGAAGGCUUUGAGCUGGUCGGCCAGGCGAGCAUCACCUGCCUCUCUGGCCGCCCCUCCCACUGGAGCAGCCCCUCUCCCUUCUGCAAAGUCACCUACGAAGGAUUGUAUGAUGCCCAUAACCUGCAAGUGUCUAAGGCGAGUGGCCCCGCCCACCAGGUGGUGGGUGGACACAUUGUGCUGGCCAUCAUCCUGCCAAUCAUCCUGGUCAUCCUCCUGAUUGGUGGGAUCUACCUCUACUACACCAGGUUCCAAGGCAAAUCAUUUUUCCGGAACCCACUGUCCAAAUCCCACUCGUACAGCCCCAUCACCGUCGAAUCGGACUUCAACAAUCCACUGUUCGAGGCCGGAGAGACCCGUGAGUAUGAGGUUUCGAUCUAACCCAUCGCCUCAUUUGCUGCGUCAUCAACGUGAAUCACCAUCGUCUCUCUGGGCCUCGUCUCACUGCCUGCUCAGUCUGGCCCCCACUCUAUCCCCCCUUCCUCCUCCC